AUGACGAUGAAAGCUGUCUAUGCGGCGCGGGCUUACGGACCUACUACUAUAAAGCACCCCGUAUCAGAAAGCUGGCGAAGGAACGGCAGCAUCGUCGAGACCAAUAUCCCACCAAAGAGACCAGCGGACAGUUUUGGUGCAUUACAUAUGCCAAACAUGUUGGAAGUUGAGACACCCCCCGCUCAAGUUUUUGGUGGCACAGAAGGGCAGUAUCGGCUUCCACACCACAUCACUGAGAUCGAUCGAUUACGCCGGCAGCAUGAGCAUAUCAAAUCCAGCUGCAAUGGCAAGCUGAUUUCCUUUCCUUUGCCGAACUCUCCUCAUCCCAUCCGGGUGCUAGACAGUGGUUGUGCAGACGGUACCUGGCUUCUUGAUCUUGCCUCCCAGCAUCCACAGCAACAGCUCAGUCUACAUGGAAUUGAUAUUGGCUCUCACCUGUUCAUGAAAAACCCCAGUCUAGACCUUCACCAACAUGACCUGCGUCAGCCUCUACCCGAAGAGUGGAAAAAUUCAUUUGACAUUGUCCAUCAACGUCUUCUAGUCUGGGGAAUUAGGGAAGCUGAAUGGUCCUUUGCCGUGCGGAAUCUGCGGGAUGUUCUCAAGCCAGGUGGUCAUAUUCUGCUAGUUGAAUGUAAAUGGGUGUUUCCUGAGAUUUGGGCCACUCAUCCAGAGCAACACCGGUUGGCUCUGACCCAGAUUUGGUCGACAGAGUCAGCAGGUAUGGAUCUCUACAUUGGUGAGAAGCUAGAUAGCCUGCUAGAAAAAGAAGGAUUUGAAGACAUCACUACUGUCUGCCAUGACCUGGCGUAUGGAGCCACAGCAAAGAUACCGGAAAAUCGCAAUCCAUCAGCAGAGCUCUGGGUGGAGAGUUUCCGGCAUCUGGUCACUCACAUGGGAGGUUAG